AUGAAGGGAUCAUGGAUGAAACGCACAAUAUUCCGCGCUGACGCCGACGGACGCUCCAGCGAACGCGACCCUAUCCUGGUAACCUACGGGGCCGUCUUCAUCAAGGGAAGCUGGAACAAAGACCGCGACCAACCAGUACCCAAGGCAACAUGGACGGACAUGGUGAACGGCCAAUGGAUGAUUGUGGCUAAGCAAGACACAAAGAACCUGAAGUACGUCAUCCGCGACAACAUCCAGGACAUCAACACCAAGGACAGCAAAGAAGCAGCGGAGAACGACGAAUAG